UUAAGGGUUGCCAUGUGAGCUGUGGCGGGCUUUCGUUUACUGACUGCCGUAGUCUUUUCAAAUCAUAACUCGGGAUCAUGGCAUCUGCUAAGCAGGAUAAGGCUACAUAUAAUGUAACUUGUUUAUUACGUCAGUGGGAUUCUGCGUCUAAGGAGAAACGUCGUCAGUUUCUUGACGAUUUCAUUAAACAAUACCGCAAUUUCACUGGACCUGAUUUAGAAUCAGAAUUCGCCCAAAUGGCCAGUUUAUUUUUGGCUAGAAUAUGUGUAUGGAUAAAGUUAACUUAUAUGUCAGGAACCUGUCUAACAGAACAGCUUCAAGCUCUCCAUGUAUUUUUAUCAGCAUCAGACAGAGACAAUCAAUUUAUAUUUUAUACUUUGUUCUUGGUAUUUUCCCUACGUUACCUAUCAACCCAACAAUCAUCGUCGUUAAAAGUUAUACUUAUUUACUAGAGUUUUUGGAGUAUGGUGGUGUAUUAUGUCUGCAAGAAGUGUGCAUUUCAUCAAGUGCAAAAGAAGUGGACAAACGUUGGGCGCUUAAAGUAUUAUCUUGUGUCGCCAAUGCUGGUACACAGUAUAAAGAGACAAUAUGUGAAUGUUAUGGCAUUCGUGCUGUUGCUGAAUGUAUGGCCAAAUCGAAAUCAGAAGAGACACAAGAAUGUGCUAGAGAUUUGUUAGAAAUAUUGGCUGAAGGCAAUCCUCGUUUCUCGGAUCAAGUUUACAAAGGAUUAAUUGGCGUUUUACCAUGUAAUUCACCAAAAGCUCAACAAUUAGCACUUCAAAGUAUUCGAAUUUUACAGGCAAAACGUAGUACGGCCAAUUUUGCUUUGAUCGACAGAAUAGUCUAUUUACUGGAGUCAUUACAUUUGGAAGUACAAUCAGCAGUCAUUGAAUUAAUUCGUGUUUUAAUGGAAUUCGAUAUUGCUGAUGAUAUAUUAUUAGCUUUAAUUACUCUGUUAAAACCUCAACAUGAAAUACAACUGGGCAAAUUAUUCACAGAAGCAACAUCAGAUGAUAAUGAUGAUGAAGUAAUGAGUUCAUCUCAUGUAGACGGUAAUGAGGAAAGUUAUUGCAGCCCUAAUAAUGGCAGCGUACCAGAAAAAAAACAGUCUGUGAGUAACACAAAGUCAGUUAAAUUGAAUGCCAAACACUCUAGCUCUGAUAGCAAAGAUAACAUCGAUAAGACAGCAAAAAUAGUGAAAAAGAAACACAAGCACCAACAUGAUGCAUCCGGUUCAGAUUCAGAUGAUGAUCAACCAUUACCAGUGUUUGUUCAACAAGCAGCUGCAGCUAAAUGUCUACAUAUUCUCUCGCAAGAUUCUCCAACAGUAUCAAGAAAAAUAAUUAAGAUGGGUGCUAUAUCAAAUCUUUUAUAUGCUAUGGGUAACUUUGAAUUUUCCAACAGUCAACGACAAGCUAGUUUAGCCUUAAAGUAUCUUUGUCAGACGUAUCCUUUGGUAGAUGAAGUUGUUUCUGAAGCAAUGGGUCCAGUAUUACACGAUGAAUUCAUGAAAAAUCCUGAUUCAUAUUAUCUACAAAUGACUCCAUUACAAGCAGACAUUCUAGUAACGAAUAAUGUCAGUUAUGCAGGCGAGGGACUAUGAAUUCAAAUAAAUUCAAUGGUCAAUUGAAGAAACGGUUACAAUUAAAACAAAAUCAAAUUGGCACAUUUCAUCGCUGGAAAGUUCAACAGCUACUAUUAUCACCAUCGAAUCUAUCUAUUCUGUCUUCAUCAAAUCUAGUACACAUAUCAAACCGAAAAAGAAAUCAAUUUAAUUAUUAUUUUUUCUUUUAAAAUAUAUAUGAACUACGCAUUAUUAUUAUUAUUAUUAUUAUUAUUAUUAUUAUUAUUAUUAUUAUUAUUAUUAUUGUAGUCAUAAUAUAUUUGUACAUAUGUACAUUUGUUUGCCAAUAAAUUGACUGUGGCG